AUGAAGCUCGUGACUGCCUCCUCCCUCUGCGCCAUCUUGGCCGCUGGAGUGCACGCCCAACGCGGUGCCUCGCUCGAUCCUGUUCAGCCCGUCCUGCUUCCCGAUGGCGCCAACGCAGAGAACCCGCUGUCGCACCUUGGUGGCAAUGGACCCUGGACUGCUGCCCCCAACGUCAACGGCAUCUCCUCCGACGUCCCCGAGAACUGCCACGUCGACCAGGCCGCCUACAUCCUCCGCCACGGCUCGCGGUACCCGGAUCCUGGAGCCCACAGUGGCUGGGUGAACAUGGCCGAGCAGUUCAAGACGCAGAACUACACGGCAACCGGCCCUCUCGCCUUCUUCCACGACUGGGACACGCCCCUGACCCACCCCGACAUCCAAAUCGCCCAGCUCAGCCAGACGGGCUACAAGGAGCUCUACUCGCUCGGCUACACCCUGCGUACUCGCUACCCGGAUCUGUACGAGGAGGGGGACGACUUUUAUGUUUGGGCCAACAAGUACCCCCGCGUCAUCCAGACCGCCCAGCUCUUCGUCCGCGGUUUCCUGGGCGCCAACUCGACGCGCCUGGGGAACGUCGUGUCGGUCGACAACAAGGGCUUCCCCGACCAGCUCGCAAACACCCUGGCCCCCAGCGACAUGUGCCCUAGCUUCGUCGACGACUACUCGCCCAAGUCGAACCCGUGGAGGGACAUUUGGCUGCCGCGCUUCAAGGCCCGGCUCGCGCAGUACAUCGAGCGGGGUGACCUGCAGCUCGACGACGGCGCCUGGAACGACAUCCCGUACGUCUGUGGCUUCGAGUCGCAGAUCACGGGCCGCCUGUCGCCCUUCUGCGACGUCUUCAACGACGAGGAGCUGGCCCAGUACGAGUACCAGCAGGACCUGCGCUACUACUACGGACACGGCCCCGGCGCCUUUGUGGCCAGCCGCAUGAUGGUCCCCUUCCUCAACGCCCUGGUCGGUAGGUUCGUCGAGGGACCCGCGGCCGACGUCGGCGUCGGGCCCGACGGCAGCUCGAGCUUCAAGGUCCCCAGGCUGCUGAUGAACUUUCUCAACGACGGACAGCUGAACCAGCUGGCCGCUGCCCUGGGCGUCUUUGACGAGCAGGAGCCGCUGCCGUCUGACCACAUCCCCGAGGAUCGCCUGUGGAGGAGUUCGCGCAUCUCGCCCAUGCGUGGCACCAUUGCGCUGGAGAGGCUCAACUGCCGAGUCGGCGGAAGUGGUGGUAGUGGCAACAGCACCCUGGCGCCCAGCCCGACCUCUUCGGGCAAGGCCAGCAAGGCCAAGAAGAAGCGCGAUGCCGCGUCGACCGUGCAGAGGCGACAGGACGCCGUGAGUGGCGGCGCCUCGAGGAACGAAACCUUUAUCCGCAUCCGCAUCAACGAGGCCGUCUACCCGGUCCCCUCGUGCCAGGACGGGCCAGGCAGGUCGUGCCGUCUGGCCGACUACUCCAAGUACGUGUCGGACAAGCUCGAGGCCAUCGGCAGCUUUUCCGAGCUGUGCAACGCCACGGCUCCUGGUACGCCGGCACAGGUCAAGGGUGCGAGCUUCCUGACCAACUUGGACCAGGCCCACUUGGAGAUGUUGAAGCCAUGA